AUGAAUUAAAAUUAUGUAGCUCCAGAUGUAUGUGUAAUUGAGAUGGACCCUGAAGUUUAUAUUCACAAUAUCAAAGAAUUGAGAGUCUCUACAGGCGAUUAAGUCAAAAUCUGUGCUGUUAUGAAAGCUGAUGCUUAUGGAUAUGGAAUUGAAGUGAUGAUGGAUUCAAUUGUUAAAUCAGGAGUUGAAUAUAUAAGUGCUAUUGAUAAUUGUGAAUUUAGAAUCAUGAAUAAAUGGUUUAAAGAACACAAUAUUAAUCAUGUGAGAUUAAUUAGGAUUGCACCAGCUACUAAAGAAGAAUUGAUUGAAUCUAUGAUUAAUAAUUGGGAUGUUGAAGAAGUAAGAGGAUCAUUAGAAUAAGCUCAAUAUUUUUCCAAAAUUAUAACUGAGUUAUCUUAAACUUGGAAGAGAGAUUUUUGUCAAAAUACAUAUCAAAGUUGAGAGUGCCAUGGGAAGAAUGGAUUUUAGAAAAGUCAUUGAAGUCAAACUUACUAAUAAAUCACUAAUCUAAAAGUGGUAGGAAUUAUGACACAUUUAGUCAGAGAAUAUGACGCUCCUCCAAAUGAUGAAAUUGCCACUAGAACUUAUGUAGAUAUAUUCUAAAACUUUAUAUUUUAAUUAACAUUAGAACCAACUAUCAUUAAACAUGUUGCUAAUUCAGCAGCUUUGGUUAAAAAGAAAUAUAUAUAAUUUGAUAUGGUUAGAGCUGGAUCUAUUGCUUAUGGAGAAGAUAAAGAUUAAUUCUAAGACCCUAGAGGAGUAAUUAAAUCUAUUUUCCAUAAAUGGAGAACCACUGUUGUUAUUAUAUAAAGAGAUGUUCCACCUAAUAGCCCUAUUGGUUACAAUGGAAUCUAAAAAACAAGAUCAGAUAGAGAAUCAAAACAACCACCAUUAGAGUUGGUUAUGAUUAUGGAUUCCCUUAAUAUGGUUAUCUUAACAACCAUUUUGUUUUAAUUAGAGGAAAAAGAUUCCCUAUUAUUGGUAAAACUUCUAUGAAUAUGCUUGUUGUU